GUUCUGAAAUCUUUGAGUUUAGAGUUUACACUUUGCUUUUCCUACCACUUACGUAUUUAUUAUAGUAUAAUUUGUUACCGAUAAAAGAAAUUAAAACGUUUAACGUAAUUUAUCUGUGAAGUGUAAUCAAGUGAAUCUGUGUUUUGUUAUUGUUAGUUAUGUCGUUAUUUCGUAAACCAAAAAAAAUACAAAGACGCGUGUUUUGUGCAGAAGAUGAUGAAGACGGUGACCCAGAAGCACCGCCGCCUCCAAUAAUAAGUCAAAACAAGAAGGAAAAAUCUAUAAAAAAAACUCCAUUGUUAAGUUUCGCUGACGAAGAAGAGGAAACUGAAGUAUUUCAGGUAAAAAAAUCAUCACAGAGUAAGCGUUUAGCAAAGCGCAAGGAGAAGAAGAAUCAGGAUCCAGAGGUUGAAAAUGACAGAAAUGAUAACGAUGAGGAAAAUCAAGCUGAGAAAGACAUUACAAAGCGAAAGAAGAAAGUAUCACUUGAGGGUCUCAUACUAUCAGGCCGAGAAGCUUUGGCUGCUGAUGGGAAGGGGGAUAUUUCAGACGACAGUGCAACCGAAGAAGAAGAUAACAGGAGAUUCCAUCGGUUCCGUGCCGAGUCAGUCCGUGCAGCGCUCGCUGUGGCCCCCGGACAUAUUCCCGACGCCGCUCUCAUCCAUGCGGCGCGGAAAACCCGACAGCAGGCUCGGGAGUUAGGUGACUUCAUACCGAUCAAGAAUGAUACCGCGCCAGGCCCUCGGCUGAUCCAUGAGGAUGACGUCGAUGAUGACGAUGAAGAUGAUGAGGGCAGGAUCCAAGUUAGAGGUCUGGAACUGCCUAGUGACAAACCCAAACGUGGAACCACAGUUGGGCAGCCAGAAGAUGAUGAUGAGAUGAACAGCGAUGUUGAAGAGUGGGAAGAGCAACAGAUGCAAAAAGCAGUGCCAUCUAUUGCUGAUAUCACAGGUGAAGGUGCAGAGAUAAAUCCAUUCGCAGUAGCCCCCCCUCCACCGCGGCUCGAGGGCAUCCCCACUCAUCUGAGAUCUCUAACAUCACCAGGAGAACAGCCUCCCACCACUGCACAGGAACUGUAUAAUGCAUUGAGCAAGAGGUUGCACGAACUCCAGACAGAGCGUCAGGAGACAGUUAUGAAGCGGGAAAACUGUCGCGAAAGGUUGUUAACAUCUGCCCGCAUCCGCGAGUCUCGCGCGGGCCGCUGUCAGGAGCUCGACGCGGCGUACAAGCGUGCACAGGCCGUGCGGGGCUAUAUCACCGACCUUAUUGAGUGUCUGGACGAAAAGAUGCCUCAACUAGAGUUACUGGAGAGCCGAGCUCUAGCGCUUCACAAACGGCGCUGCGACUUUCUGGUGGAGAGGCGCCGUGCUGACGUCAGAGACCAGGCUGAGGAUGUCAUGGCCAUGGCAGCACGGGCGGGUGCAUCGAAGCCGAUGGACUCCGAGGAGAAGCGUCGUCGGGGGGCGGAACGCGAGGGGCGAAGGCGGGCGCGAAGACUGAAGCGAGAGGCAGCCGGUUCUGCGCAUCUACACAGGGAGGGAGACUCCAGCGAUGAUGAACUUCCACCCGAGCAGCUCACGGCCAUACGCCACGAAACAGAAGCGAUCCGACUGCAGGCCGCUAGUUUGUUCGCGGACGCCCUGCCCGCGUGGCGCAGCGUGCGCGGCGUGUGCGUCAAAACAGCGCGCUGGCGACGUCGCCACGCGGCGCUGUACGCCGAUGGCUACGUCGCCGACUGUCUGCCGCGGCUGCUGGCGCCCUAUGUCCGCCACCAGUUGAUAUUGUGGAAUCCACUAGCUGAUGAAGAUAAUGAAGACUACGAGAAAAUGGACUGGUACAAAUGUCUCAUGAUGUACGGGGUUCACAAUGAGAGAAUGUCAGACGAAUCGGAUCAGUCGUCAUCCGACAGCGACACGGAGAACACCGUGUCCGAGCGCUCCGUGAGAGACGACAUAGAUCUGAUGCUGGUGCCCACAGUUCUGGACAAAGUUGUUCUGCCAAAGAUUACAGAAUUAGUUGAGUAUGCGUGGGACCCGAUGUCCGUGCGCGCUUGCAUCAGACUAAGGACCAUCCUGGUGCGCGCUAGCUCCUUGCCCGGCGCGGGAGACGGUUCCCUUCGCAAGCUGUGUGCGGCGGUCACCGCCAGACUCUCCAGUUCUCUGUCCGCAGAUGUCUUCCUCCCCGCUCUGCCACCACACAUCGUGGAAGGUGGGGGAGGAGCGUUCUGGCGUCGCUGCCUGGGCGCGGGUGUGCGACUGCUACGUGCCUCGCUCUGUCUCUGUUCUCCACCUGACGCACUCGCUGCAGAUCAUCUCGCUCUCUCGCUCAUAGAGCGUCUGUGCUGCGGCGCGGGUGCGGCGCCGCCGCAGCUUAUGUGCGGCGCCGCAGCGGCCGUGUCGUCGUCUCUGCCGCGCGCGGGCGAACUCCGCGCACGCGCGCUGCGGCGGCUGGCUCGCGUCGCCUCGCUCGCUCUGCAGCGUCUGCAAUCCGAUAACCCGCUGCAUCUGAAAGCGUUAGAACAAGCAAGGGCAAUAAUAUCUGAAGCGAAUAAAUGUGAAUGACAUUCCUCUACAAAGCAAGAUGGUUCUAUUAGCAUCAAAUAUAAUCGAAUGCACUGUAUAAUAUAUUAUUACAGUGUAUAUAAUUGUGUAUAAAAGACGUUAGACACAAACAGUUCUAUUACAAAAAAUAAUAAUUUAAACAUGGCUAAGACACGUGGUUUAAUAUAACAACGUCAGUGACCUAAAUAUAACAGUAUCAGUGAACCAAGUAUAACAACAUCAGUGGCCUAACUGUAACAAUAUCGGUGACCUAACAAUAACGAAAAAUGGAGUUUAUAUUUUUUCAUUACAACACAGUGUUUAGCUUGUGUUUAACUAAAACGUCGUUAAACACAUCAUAAACUGAAGUAUACAGGAAAAAUUAUAUUAACGGAAUCUAAUUUUUGUUAGCUGUCAUCUAUCUGUCAUCAUAUAAUCUAAAUCUUCCAUAGACCAAGUAACUAUAGGGCGAGGCAACAUGAGACAGAUAAUAUCCUAUAUAUAUAGGUAUAAUAGGUACUUAAUAUAACACAAGUGUUCUUUCACUAUCACUUUUACAUCGUAAAACACAACGCGCCAUAUUUACUUCGAUUCUACUUAAAAUUGUCACUGAUGUUGAAUAAAUAGUGGAUAUUUCAAACGUUUCACAAUAAUAAUAGCUAUUUUUAUAGACGCAAAUAAAAGUAAACAAAAUAUCUAUGCAGCGCUGUCAAGUUUGUUUAGCACACGGGUGUGCUGACCUUGAAAAAACCGGGCACGCAUGGUGAAACAAAAAAUCUAAUCACUCUAUCUCAUUUCUUUACAUAAGACUCGCAUAAGUUUUUCUUUUUCUCGUGUGAGUGAGACGGAAGCUAUCAAUUAGUCUAGUUAAUAUACUUAUAUGAAAUCUUCCAUAUGAAUUGGAUCUAUCCGUUAGAUACACCUAGAUACACCUGAGACAAGAAGAUUGUUGAACGCUAAACAACAAAAAGACACAGAUUUGUGAUAGAACUUUUUUAAAACAAGUGUUCAACACAUGAUUAAGUUAUUUGUAACCUGACUAAAUAAUGUGAGGAAUGUCAAUAGAAAUCACGACUUGCAAUCAAUAGAAAAUUGAAGCUCAGAAGUAGCUCCAGCUGCAAGUAUUUUUUUGAUGAUGAAGAAAAGACAUUUGAAGUCCAAACUUGAGUGAAAGUUGUAGUCUUUAAGAUCCUAACUUGGAUUUAAAAUAAAUCAUAUUGGAGCAUA